AUGUUCGACGAGAACUUCACCUUCCAUACUACAUCCCGAACACCAUCGUUGGACUCCACCGGCAAUACAUCAUCCACACGACAGCCUUCAAGAUCGGUGUCGCCUUGUUCGCCCAUAACAGCCUUUCCUCAACCCCGGUUCUCGGUAACCGAUCUCGCUGCCACAUUUGCAAGCUCGAGAUUACGAACGGACGCGCAGAUAUGCUACGAUUCAUGCGAUGCCUAUGCGAAUCCGGAUGAUGAUGCGGGCUGGGAGAUUCCGUUACCUGACGACGACCUCUCAUCAAUCAUGAGUCGAUCACGCACCGUGCCUUCACGGUCACACUCUCCUUCGCGACGAAUACAACGACAACUCAACACGCGAUUACUAUGCUCGAUAUCGCAUGCUAGAGACAUCUCGAGCUUGUUGAAUCGAAUGGUGGACGACAAGGAACAAUGCAACAUCCUCUCACAAGCAUCGCUCUCGUCACCUGUCGAGGUGGACGAGGGCUACAACAGCAGCGACGCGAGGCCCAUCAUCGCAGAAUCGAGGAGGUCAAGCGUUGCCGUCUCCAGGACGCGCAUGGAAUUCAGGAGAUCGUCAGAGCUCAAGACUACUUGUGCACGCGUUGCCAAACCUGUGCAGAUACGGAAGAGAAAGGAUCAUAAGAGGAUACGGAGUGCCGAGAGCGAGUCAUGA